UGGCGGUUUGUCGCCGAUUUGGACGAGAGGAAUUACGGGUUGACCGAGGAGCAGUGCGAUGCCGCCUUCCCGGGAUAUUGGGCGGAGAUCGAUCGCGCCGUGGAGUUUCGACGGAAGCAUGUCGGGAAGGUGAAGGAGGAGGAUGUGGAUAUCGGUUGGAGAGAUGAUGGGGUGGUGCGGGCUAUGAUAUAUAAUCGUCAGCUCUAUAUCGUCGAAGCCAAAGGCGUCAACGACCUCGACUACCACUUCCGCUCCCUCGGCAUCCUCCAUCAAAUCCACCGCGCCAUCUCCUCCUGCACCGACCCCAUUCCGGACAUCGAGUUCUCCUUCUCCGUCGACGACAUGGCCGACCCGGACGGCGACACCGCCACCAUCUGGGCCUUCUCGCGCCUCCCCCACAAGAAGAAGCAAUGGGUCAUGCCCGACUACAACUACUGGAGCUGGCCGAUGGACCCCGGACCCCUCCACACCCGCGACGACAAUAAUUCCUCCCCCGUCGUCCCCGCCGCCCCCUCCCCGCUCUCCCCCCGCGACUUCUUCUCUCCGACCUCCGGUGACCGCUCUUUCGACGCCAAACUCCCCCUCCUCAUCUGGCGCGGCGCCAACCUCAACGACGUGCGCGACUCCCUCCUCCGCGUAACCGCCCCCAACCCACCGUGGGCCGACGUGCUCGAGCUCAACUGGCUCAACGCCUCCGAACUGCAGUCCCGCAUCAUCUCCAUGCCCACCCACUGUCGCUACCGCUUCGUCGUCCACACCGAGGGCCGCAGCUACAGCGGCCGCCUUAAAUACCUGCAGAACUGCCACUCCGUCCCCUUCCUGCACCGCUGGGAGUGGACCGAGGCGCACCACCACCUCCUCAUCCCGGAAGGGCCCGACCAGAACUUCGUGCUGGUGGAGCGCGAUUUCUCCGACCUCGAGCCGAAGAUCCAAGCGCUGCUGGACCGUCCGAAAGAGGCGCGCCGCAUCGCCGACAACUCAGUAAGGGAUUUCCGUGAUAAAUACCUUACUCCUGCCGCGCAGGCGUGCUACUGGCGCAAGCUGUUCAAGGGCUGGGCGAGCGUGCAGGAUUUCACCCCGAGCUUAUAU